GCAUCGCGGCUGUGCCGCACCACGUCCGGCUGCGAAGAUGGCGGCUUUGUAGCGCGAGUCGGCAGCUGAGACGGAGGGAGGCUUAGGCUACGGCAGGAUUCUGGCUUCCCCCAUCCCUGCUUCAUCCAGCCACUCAGGAGCCAUGGAGGUGGCAGAACCCAGCAGCCCCACCGAGGAAGAAGAGGAGGAGGAGGAGGAGGAGCAGUCAGUGGAGCCAAGACCCCGCACUCGCUCCAACCCUGAGGGGGCUGAGGACCGGGCACUGGGGGCCCAGGCCAGUGUGGGCAGCCGCAGUGAGGGCGAGGGUGAGGCGGCCAGUGCUGAUGAUGGGACAUCCAACCCUCUGGGAGCUGGCCCCAAGCCUUGGCAGGUGCCCCCACCAGCCCCUGAGGUCCAGGUGCGGACGCCAAGGGUCAACUGUCCAGAGAAGGUGAUCAUCUGCCUGGACCUGUCGGAGGAAAUGUCACUGCCAAAAUUGGAGUCGUUCAACGGCUCUAAAACCAACGCUCUCAAUGUUUCCCAGAAGAUGAUUGAGAUGUUCGUACGGACAAAACACAAGAUUGACAAAAGCCAUGAGUUUGCACUGGUGGUGGUGAACGAUGACACCGCCUGGUUGUCUGGCCUGACCUCUGACCCGCGUGAGCUCUGCAGCUGCCUCUAUGACCUGGAGACAGCCUCCUGCUCCACCUUCAAUAUGGAAGGCCUCUUCAGUCUCAUCCAACAGAAGACCGAGCUGCCAGUCACAGAGAACGUGCAGACGAUCCCACCCCCAUAUGUGGUCCGUACCAUCCUUGUCUACAGCCGCCCACCCUGCCAGCCCCAGUUUUCCCUGACAGAGCCCAUGAAGAAAAUGUUCCAGUGCCCAUAUUUCUUCUUCGAUGUUGUUUACAUCCACAAUGGCGCCGACGAAAAGGAGGAUGAGAUGAGCUGGAAGGACAUGUUUGCCUUCAUGGGCAGCCUGGAUACCAAGGGCACCAGCUACAAGUAUGAGGUGGCACUGGCUGGGCCAGCCCUCGAGCUGCACAACUGUAUGGCCAAGCUGUUGGCUCACCCACUGCAGCGGCCCUGCCAGAGCCAUGCCUCCUACAGCCUGUUGGAAGAGGAGGAUGAAGCCACCGAGGUUGAGGCCACUGUCUGAACCAUCCCUGCGCGUCCAGCCUUGUACAAUGCAACCCGAGGCCUAGAGUGCUGGUUGUUAAACUCCGCUCCAUGGGACCCUGGGGGACUUCAAGGACGCACUCAGGAUACUUGGGAGCCCUGGAAGGAAACCCAGGAUUCCAGAAAUUAUCCCAGAGACUGUGGGCACCCAUUCCCCAUGUUUCCCAGCUCACAUCUCACUCCCCAGUUUGUCAGUUGUAAUUUGUUCUUUCCUGUGUGAUUUUUGUCAUUAAAAUAAAAAUCUGAGAAGUCUCGAACCCA